AUGGCCAUGGCUUUGGCAAUAUUCAAUGAAUAUGCUGGGGUGCUUUCCAACGUCAAUGCAUGUCGCGAAUUCUUCAGUUGGACUGCAUCAGUUAUAACGGCCACUCGUUCUUCACAGAACACUUCAGAGUUGCGAGAUGAAGACAAGACAGCUGCCCAACAACAGACUGAAGAGGAAAUUGAGCGGCUGAAGGAUGAUCUUUGGAAGCUGGAGACAACAAUGCCCAAGAUGCUUGACCUCAUUGAUCGGGUCGAAUACCAAAGCCAUAAGAAACAAGCGGCUGAUCUCCUCCCGCAUAUCAAGGAUGCAGUCUUCGAAGCGGAGGACCUGCUUGACGAGCUUGAUUAUGAUGCGCUCAAGUGGAAAGUUGAGUGCAGCAAGAAUUUGGGGCUAGACCAAUUGCGUGAUACCUGUCUGGAAUUCUACGAAAGUGUCAGAUCUAAUGAUUACAUCAGAAAAGUCAACAGAAUUCAAAAAAAUCUAGAUCAUGUCCAUAAGCAGUCCAUGGAAAUGGGCUUGCACCAAGCACCUCUAAAGUUUGAUAAAUCUGUUAGGCCAGAAACAACUUCCUACUUUAACUGUGAGGAAAAAAUGAUUAGCCGUGAAAAAGAAAUGAAGGAGUUGGUGGGAAAACUAGGAGUUCAUUCACGGAAGAGAGGAAGGACUGAAAGCAAAGCAAGAAUGACCGAGUUGCAUGUGUUUUCCAUUGUUGGCAUGGGAGGGGUUGGAAAGACAACUAUGGCCCAACACAUCUGCAAGGAUACAAAUGUGAAGAAUCACUUUGGUGCCAAAAAUAUAAUUUGGACAUGUGUUUCAGAUGACUUUGACAUAAAACGGUUAACGAAAGACAUUGUAGAGGGCCUGGGAGGAGAUGCUUCAUCUAAUAGUCUGGAAGUUCUUAUGGGUAAAUUAGAAGGCUGCGUCAAGUCCAAAAAGUUCUUACUUGUCCUUGAUGACAUGUGGGAUGAUAUCUUGAAGGAUGACGGGGUGGAAUGGAAGAGGUUUUGUGCGCCUUUGAAAAAUGGCGUUGAAGGAAGUAGGAUUUUGGUCACCACUAGAUCUCCUGAGGUUGCUAAGAUAGUUGGCCCUAUGAAUAAUUAUGAGUUAAAGGGCUUAAAAGACGGGGUAUUCUUGGAGUUCUUCAAAUUCUGUGCAUUUGGAUCCAAGACUUUGGGCAACAACAGGGAGUCGUUGGAGCGCAUUGGUGAAAUAAUUGUUCCAAAGUUGAAGGGUUCCCCAUUGGCUGCCAAGACUAUUGGACGCUUGCUGAGAAUGGAUCUAAGUACAACACACUGGGGAAAUAUAAUGGAAAGUGAACUGUGGCGAUUAGAACAAACAGAGACCGACAUUCUGCCAGCCCUUCGACUGAGUUAUAUGUACCUCCCGCAGAAAUUGAAGAGAUGCUUCUCAAUCUGUGCAAUGUUUCCCAAGGAUUACAAAUUUGCGAAGGAUUUUCUAGCUGACAUUUGGAUUGCACUAGGAUAUGUGGAGUCAGCCCAAGAAGCAUCAAUGUGCUUUGAUGCCCUUGCAAAUCGUUAG